AUGGCUAGUAUAGAGGCGGUUCAAACGGAGACCAUCAAUAGCAAAUUAUACGACUCUCAACAGACUAUCCCUCUGACUAUACAGACACAAAACAUAUCCGGCAGUGCCCGAGUCCACAAUGGUCCCUAUUUUUCGAUCAAGCGGACGUCGACCUAUUCCAGAACCCGAGAUGCACUUGCAUGGCUGAGCUCGCUAUUCUUUGACGAGGUCCACGAUCGCAUUCGUAACCAAGCACAGAUCACACGACAAAACCGUACGGCGCAAGGUGAUGACUAUUAUUCCGGAAAAUGGCUUUUGGACUCGGUCGUCUUUGAUCAAUGGCGGUCAAGGGUUACCAGGGAACUAUGGUAUCUUGGGAUGCCUGGUGCAGGCAAGUCUGUUAUGGCUUCAAUCAUCAUCCAGCAUUUACUUGAUCUGCAGAAAGAUUUCAAGGCCGAGUUCCAAAGCCCAAGGGUUGCUUACUUGUAUCUAAGUUACAAGGAGUCUCAUACGUUGGACCAGCUGCUCGGAAGCAUCAUUAAACAAGUGAUAAUCGAUGAUACACCUCUCCCACAAUCUUUGACCAAGCUUUGGGAGCGUUGCAAUUCUGGCGCCGUGAGGCCAACCUUGAGUUCAUUGAUGGACCUGCUUCAGGAAGUGACAUGCGAUCGCCCUGUCUAUGUUGUGGUUGACGCAUUAGACGAAUAUCGGGUCAAAGAUCGCAAGGAACUGAUGGAUAGGCUCCGGGAUUGCAAGAAUAUUUUUAUCCUCAUCACAUCGCGAGUGCUGCCCGAAUGGGAGGAACUUACUGGUGACUGUACCACAGCCGAGAUCAGGGCAAACCCAAAGGAUAUCGAUCUAUUUCUGGAGCAUGGGUUUCAAGAAAGCCCUCGUUUGCGAAAGUUUGAAGAAAAGAGCCCCGGGCUACUGAAACAGAUCAAGUCGGCUGUGCACGAGGCCUGCAGUGGAAUGUUCCUUCUUGCUAGCCUGCAUAUGCGUUCCAUAAUAUGCCAGCGUACCAUUGAAGGUGUUAAAGACCGGAUCCGGAGCUUGCCUCAGGAUAUCAACGGGAUGUAUAACGACACUCUGGCUAGAAUAAGACAGUUGGAACAGGACGACGUGAAAUUGGCACUGGGCAUCUUGUCAUGGGUGGUAUUCAGCUACCGCCCACUGAAGAUCGAAGAGAUUCAACACAGCAUGGCAGUGGACCUUAGCAGUAAGAGAUUCAAUGAGAAUAAAAUGUUCGGGGAAGAAAGCAUGAGAGAGGUCUGUGAGGGGUUGGUCACAGUUACGGAUGGUGUCAUUUCCCUUGUGCACUACACUGCACAGUCAUUUUUCAAAGAAAAGCGGAAUGAGCUCUUCCCUGGAUUUCAUGCCACGAUUGCCAAGACCUGCAUUACUUAUCUCUCACUAAAGGCUCUGGAGCAGCCGGAUGAUAUCGAAAACCAGCAAUCUUAUGCAGACGACUUGUACGACAUCCCCGAUCCUCGCACGGCUAACGAAAUCCUCGAAUCUGCGAAAUCAACGCGCCAUCGUAGACUCUCAUACAACCAAAAGCGAGCCAAGUUCCCGUUUCUUAUAUAUGCUUCUGAAUUCCUUCCUCGUCAUCUUCGGGACCUGGGAACCGUGUCAGUCCUGGAUGAUAUAUUGUACUCCCUGCAAAGGCUGCUUCAAGACCGACCAAAAAGACUCUUUUUGAUUCGAAUAAUGUCUGAAUACUACCCGCAGCUGGGUCAUGCUUCUCAGCUUCUGGAGCCAUUCCAUCUCGCUGAAGACUUUGUGUUACCAUCGGACGCAGGUACGAUCUCCGCUGGCUUGAUCUCUGCAGGAGGAUCCGAUGACCCUGUACCCUGGGAAGAAGUAUCGCCAGUGCUACCUUCAUCCCCAACUAAUAACCGUGACUCGCAUAUUGAGUCAGGAGACCAGGAACCUCAUUCCACUCUUGUCGAUGAAUCACCAAGUGAAGUCCACCCUGAUGAUGACCUAUCAAGAGGUUUACCGACUGCCACGGUGGAGCGAGAAUUUACUGCAUUGCAUUUGGCUGUGUUCCUAGGCUGGCCUCCCAUAGUUACACAACUCUUGGACAGUUCCAAACAGCGGCUUGCUAUCAACGCUGUAGACAUGGAUGGACGAACACCGCUGAUAAUUGCAGCCGGUGAACGACAUUGGGAUGUGGUUCCGCUUCUACUCGAUAGAGGCGCAUCGGUUGAUCUCCUGUCCAGUGAUGGCCACGCUGUAUUGCUACAGGCAUCACAAAGAGACCGCAAGGAUAUUGUUCAAAGAGUUAUAUUCGAUCUGAUGCACCCUAUGAUAUACGACAUAUCGCACGUCAAACCAAUUGAGCAUAUAAUGGCCAUUGUCAUUGCCUUCAUUCUCGAGGUUUUCUUUCUCGUCGGUGGGUAUUAUCCUACAUAUAAUCAAGUGAGAGCUAUUGAGCAGCGAUGGAUGAAUAGAGUACUCCACCUUUCGACACGCAGAAAGGCGAUUGACUCCCAAUUUGGAGAUCAUCUCCGGCUUCUGACAGCAGCCACGUCGGGAGAUUGUGAGGCUAUUAAAAGACUUGUAUAUGAUGGGAGGGUGCAGUUCCAGUCAGAGACAUCGUGCUUUCAUAACACUGCUGCCUUUCUCGCGGUUGAGUUUGAUCAGAGAGAUGCUGCUGCCGAGAUUCUAGACAGUGGGGCAAAUAUCAACAUGCGAGGUCUGCAAAACUGUACAUUACUCCACCGUGCAGCAUAUCGAAACAGUAUUGGGAUGGUCCAAAUGCUGCUGGAUCGACAUCCCACUAUUGACUUGAAAGAUGAUGAUGGAUUAACUGCUUGGUCCGCCAAUCUAGACGAAGAGCACAACGCGGUGCUCGGGAUCCUCCACCGCGCAGGCGCUGACCCCAACACAAGAAUGGUGUAUGGAGAGAAUAAACUGUACAGCUCUGCUGCCGCGGGGAAUGUGAGGACUGUCAGAUUUCUUCUUAGACAAGGGGUGAAUCCAUCGAUCAAGACAGAUUAUGGUUGGACUCCUUUGCAUUGGGCUGCCGGAAACGGAUUUCCUCUUUGCGUCGAGGAGUUGAGGAGGGCUGGCGCGGAGUUGAAUCCGAUUUCGGAUGUAUCUAAGACUCCACUAGACCUGGCAAUUGAGAGGAACGAGCAAGCAAUUGCCAAAUAUCUCCGUGAUGCCGGCGCCAAGACAGCGAGUGAAGUGUUGGCUGAGACUGGUGGUCGGAAUAAGUCCGAUGUGACACGGCCGUGA